GCUGCACAGUGUUUCAUUGGCGACUCGGGAGUUUUUCAGUGAGGCAGGGGUCAGCUGAAAGACAAAGAAAAAUGGCGAAUAGUUUGCUGGGAGGGCAGCUGUUCAGUUAUGAACUGCAUUGGACAUUCCAGAACCAUUUCUCUGCAUCUCUUGCUGCCUUUGUUUCCUCUUCCUUUUUGGUGGGGGAUGGAUAGGAGUGACUUGCUUCUCCCUGUCUGAAGAGGGAUAAUUAACUGCUUGUAAAAUUAAUGCAAUUCCUGGCCCUUUGAAUCCAUUUUUAUUCUGUAUGGGGAAAAAUCUUGCCAACAUUGAAACCAAACCUGGGAAGGACUGAGUGCAAAGCGAAAACACAAAAAAUCUUGUUAUCACCAUGUCCACAGAUGGUGGCUUUGGCGCCACUGGCAGUAGUGAUGCUCAGCAAAGCCUGCAGUCUUUCUGGCCUCGGGUCAUGGAGGAGAUUCGAAAUCUAACAGUGAAAGACUUCAGAGUGCAGGAACUCCCACUGGCUCGUAUUAAGAAGAUUAUGAAACUGGAUGAAGAUGUGAAGAUGAUUAGUGCUGAAGCCCCUGUGCUGUUUGCCAAGGCUGCUCAAAUAUUCAUAACAGAAUUGACGCUACGGGCAUGGAUACACACUGAAGAUAACAAGCGGAGGACUCUGCAGAGGAAUGAUAUUGCCAUGGCAAUUACAAAGUUUGAUCAAUUUGACUUUCUCAUCGAUAUUGUUCCAAGGGAUGAACUUAAACCUCCAAAACGUCAGGAAGAGGUGCGUCAGGCUGUGACUCCCGCCGAGCCUGUCCAGUACUAUUUCACGCUUGCUCAACAGCCUGCCGCAGUACAGGUCCAGGGGCAACAGCAAGGCCAACAGACCACCACAUCCACUACCACCAUCCAGCCAGGACAGAUCAUCAUUGCUCAGCCUCAGCAAGGACAGACCACCCCAGUGACGAUGCAGGUUGGUGAGGGUCAACAGGUACAGAUCGUCCAAGCACAGCCACAAGGACAAACGCAGCAGGCUCAGAGUGGAACUGGGCAGACCAUGCAAGUCAUGCAGCAGAUAAUCACCAACACAGGAGAAAUCCAGCAAAUUCCGGUUCAACUGAAUGCUGGCCAGCUGCAGUAUAUCCGCUUAGCUCAGCCAGUAUCAGGCACCCAGGUAGUCCAGGGACAGAUCCAGACGCUUGCAGCCAACGCACAGCAGAUUACACAAACAGAAGUCCAGCAAGGACAGCAGCAGUUCAGCCAGUUCACAGAUGGACAGCAACUCUAUCAGAUUCAGCAAGUGACCAUGCCUGCAGGUCAGGACAUCACCCAGCCCAUGUUUAUUCAGUCCACCAAUCAGACUUCUGAUGGACAAGCGCCUCAGGUGGCAGGGGACUGAAUUAGCCCACCGUAGUGAGUAUUCUGUCAGCAUGGAAAUUGACACACACCAGCUUGACUUCUGCCAUUCCGACCGGCUCUGAUGAAGACGUCUCCCUCUGUGUAUCUGUACUUGAUAUGAAGCCUAUAGUAGGCUCUGAUCUCUGGUGCACUAUACACCGCCUCUGGUGGGUAUGAGCAAAUAUCCAACAGAAACUGACAAAGAUGCAAUAUUUUUAUUUUUUUCAGAAAUCAAUAUGUCAACAUACUUAGCUGCUUGUUCAUCUCUAUGAAACUGAAAAUAAUUAAACAAAAUGAAAUCGAUAGCAGCUUAUUAAAUGAUGUAGAACGUUUUUCUUUGGUCAGAUUUGUAAAAAGGCCCUGCAUCUUGUUUCCCAUAACAGCUUUAUUCCCAGGUUUCUGUUUGUAUUCUACUCUGAAUAGAGCUAGACUAAGGUUUCUCAACUUGGUAGUUCAGUAGGGGUAUGCGUGAGUGUGUGUGUGUGCGCACGCGCGUGUGUGCACUUGAGUGUAUUGGGAGAUUUUCCUCCCCGCGCCCCCCCUCCCUGUUUUUGGUAAGCCUAGGCAUUGGAUAUUUGCAGCUUCUGGGGGAAUAAAACAUUCCUUGUGUUACAAUGAACAUAUUUUCUAAGGACAGUAGAGGCUCUAACUUGUCCCAGUCUAUUCCAGAAACACUAAAGGAAAUCUGGGGGGUGGGGGAGUAAGUUGUUAACCAUUGCGCUAGUCUCAGUCAAUGCAUGUAUUAUAAGCUGCAUGAAAUGCAAUAAAUUUCUUUUUAGAUAAUCUACA